AAAUCCCUAAAUGACUACAUUAAGCAUCAAUGAAAUACAUUCAGUGUCAGCGAUUGCAGGCGUCAUCACAACGUAGAUCAAUAGGGCUCCUUUGAUGAUGGCGACGACGGAGAAGCAAGGCGAGUGACUAGGGGCACAGGCAUGGUUUCAGCCUUCUUCGUGUUGCUUGAGCGUUGUUCCUGCAACAGCACUGUCGUCAUAAGUACGAAGAGGGGGCCAAUGGCCAUCCUCUCAACGACAGCCUUCGUCGGUUAGAUUAGGCAAUGGACGGCCAGAAUCUUGAUAGCCGUGGAAUGGCCAUCAACGAUGUUCGGUUGGGUGCGGCGACGGCAGAGAAGGAAUUGGUAGAGUCAUCCGAAUAUCCGUCACCGAUGGCGACGCAAUGGACUCCACCAGCAACAAGGAAACCGAGCGACAAAGGGUCAAGAAGUUUGUCAACAAGAUUAGGACCGAUUCUUGUUUCAAAGAAAACAGAGGAGGCAAUGACGUCUGGAGGAAGCCGCCGGGGACGAGAGUCGUCGGCUGUUCGCCGACUGGUGAGGAUUGUGCGGACCGUAGGCGGGACUUAACUCUGGUUGGCCUACCAGGUAAGUCACUAUACUCUACCCUUCCUUAGCCUGACCAAACUGCAUCCUCUCCUAGGCACAGAACUGG